AUGGCAACUGCAUCCUUCCGCAAACCAGCAACAUCCAACACCCGUCCCAAUCCAACACAAUCAUCAUCCGCCUACCUCCCGUCCUCAUCCACAGCAGCAACCUCCUCCUCAAAGGGCAAAAAACCGCACGAAUUAACACCAGAACAAAAACAAGAAAUCCGAGAAGCCUUCGAUCUAUUCGAUACAGAUGGAUCCGGCACUAUAGAUGCCAAGGAAUUAAAAGUCGCCAUGCGGGCAUUGGGAUUUGAGCCUAAAAAGGAAGAGAUUCGACGCAUGAUUGCAGAGAUUGAUAAGAAUGGGAGUGGGAGUAUUGAUUUUGCAGAGUUUUUGGAGCUGAUGGCGUCCAAGAUGUCUGAAAAGGACUCGAGAGAAGAAAUAUUAAAAGCCUUCCGUCUGUUUGACGAUGACGACACGGGUAAAAUCACAUUCAAGAACCUGAAACGAGUUGCCCGUGAACUGGGUGAGAACUUGACCGAUGAGGAGCUACAGGAAAUGAUUGAUGAGGCUGAUCGUGACGGUGAUGGGGAGAUCAAUGAGGAAGAGUUUUUGAGGAUUAUGAAGAAAACUAAUCUUUAUUGA